AUGCCGAAACGCAGGAGUGAGGACUCUUGCGAUGAGGACAUCGAUGACAUGUCCAUUCCUCUACCCAUCCAGACAUUCCUGUGGCGCCAAACCAGUCCAUUCAUUCGGCCGAAGAUCAGUCGACUACAGGACGCGGCGGCGAUGGAGCAAAGAGAGGCGUGUAAGUCGUUUGAGAAGGUAUUGGUCCAGAAUAUACAGUUCGGACUCUCGCCGAGUCUUACCGAAGCCAUCAAAAGCAUUAGCCGCUGGCGUCUGAUUUUGGCCGCAUUGCCGCACGUAAUGCACUGUUGCGCUGCCCUUCUGUACGGCCGACGCAACGCCACAAUGGAUAAGCUGUCGGCCGCGGAGACCAAACUUCUCUAUACUCUUCACUGGAUUCUGUUGGACGCGUCCGAAGAGUGUGCGGACGCCGAGUGCGAAGAGGGUGUCAUUCGACGGCCCGAACACUACUUACUUCCCGUAACAACACUUCAGGUUUUCAUCUACUUAUUCGCGCCGUUAAUGAAAAAACUUAAGGAAUCGGACUUUUUGACCAGUUUUCGGCUCGAAAACGGUUACAAAAUAUGGACGCCCUUAUUCAUGCAUGGUCAUCCAGACAUAACGAGUUUCACAGCACAAGUGAAACCCAAACGAAACAUAUUGAGAGCCACAAGACAUGAACGCAAGUCAGCGCUUCCUAAGUUUGGCGAUGUCUUCCUCGGCGUCUCCGACGGUACCAAACGUGAGUCCACUCCCACGCCAUCGAUGGCCAGUUCUAAUGGUCAGCCACUGCCGCCCACACCCACCCCAACCCCAACCCCUACACCCACUCCCUAUCCAUUCCUGGGCUCUCCAACUGUGGCCACUUCUAGCGUUUCCAUCGAGAGGAUUGAGGGCAAAGAGUCGGUCACUCCAACCAAAAGCAGCGCUUCCGAGAAGAAGGCGUGGGAAGUGGAGCCCAAACUACUUGCUGACCCAUUGAUGGCCACUUUCUUAGAUGUGGCGGUUCUUCGCUGUCUCUUCACUAAUCAAUGGCUCGAAGACGGCAUCUAUUGGGCCCUCAGUUUCAUUUUGAACCGCCUCAAAGCAAUAAAUAACGACAUGUCUAACAAAGACCGCUCACGACUCAGGAGUUCAUCGCUUCCGUUACCGAAGAGAGAGAAAUCUUGGAAUAAAACAAGAAAUGAAAAGUACUUGUCUUGGAAUCGACGAGAAAGUACUCGUUUUGCUUUGAGUCGUCGAUUCCGAAAAAGUCGAGACUAUCGGUCAGAAUCUGCGAGAACUGUGGCCACUUCUAGCGUUUCCAUUGAGAGGAUUGAGGGCAAAGAGUCGGUCACUCCAACCAAAAGCAGCGCUUCCGAGAAGAAGGCGUGGGAAGUGGAGCCCAAACUACUGGCCGACCCAUUGAUGGCCACUUUUUUAGAUGUGGCGGUUCUUCGCUGUCUCUUCACUAAUCAAUGGCUCGAAGACGGCAUCUAUUGGGCCCUCAGUUUCAUUUUGAACCGGUACUUCAUAUGA